GAAGUACCAAAGACAACUCCUGUCAAAGUCAGAGGAUGUGGUUGAAAUUCCACCCUCAUUGGAAAAGAAAAAGUCUGGCUACUGUAGUUUUAUGGCAAGAGAUGGUCCUAGGGCACUUGGUUCAAAGGAAAUCCCUCAGGGAGCUGAAAACUGUUUGGAUGGACUGACAUUUAUUAUCACGGGAAUCUUGGAAAGUAUUGAGAGAAAGGAGGCAGCUGAUUUGAUUCAAAGAUUUGAUGGAAAAGUUACCCAAGCAGUGAGCAAGAAAACAAGUUAUGAUGUGGCUAAGCAAUGUGGAACAUCACAAAUGGAUGAAGAUGGUUUGUUUGAGCUUGUGAGAACAAAACCAGGCAAUGACACCAGCUAUGAACCACUAAGUGUGGAGAAGAAGACAAAGAAGAAGGAGAAAGCUGAUCCAGUGGAGUCCCUCAGCCAGGGAAAAGAUCAGUUUGAGAGUGAUUCAUCACAACUGAGUGAAAGAUCCAUGUCAUUUCCAGCAACACAAACACCAUCAUCAUCACCUGAAAGGAAGAGUACUUAUGGUAUUCGCUUUAAGAACUUUCUUGGAGUUGAAUUUAUUGCAAGUACUCUUCAGGCAUGUAGAAUUAACAAAUGGCAUCGUCUGGAGAAUAGAGGGAUUCAGAUACAGCGCAGUACAAUCGAUUCGAUUUUAUUUCUAGCUAUGGCAGAAAGCAACCUCCCAAGAACGGGAGAAGAACUGGAGGUGAAAAAUGAGUUUCCAGCUACAGCAACAGAGGAAAGUCAAGUUACGUCAAGUGACUCUGAACUGGAUGUAUACAAUGACCCUUUAAGAGGGAUAGCGAAGCAUGUCUCGAGGAAGAUCCAGUACCAUCAACGUCAUCUAGAAAUUGCUAAAGAAGUGGGAGACAAGGCCGGAGAGGGAAGAAGUUAUGGCAAUCUCGGCAACGCUUAUCAAGGUCUAGGACAGUUCAAAACAGCCAUCCAGUACCAUCAACGUCAUCUAGAAAUUGCUAAAGAAGUGGGAGACAAGGCUGGAGAGGGAAUCAGUUAUGGCAAUCUCGGCAACGCUUAUUACAGUCUAGGACAGUUCAAAACAGCCAUCCAGUACCAUCAACGUGAUCUAGAAAUUGCUAAAGAAGUGGGAGACAAGGCCGGAGAGGGAAGAAGUUAUUGCAAUCUCGGCGUCGCUUAUCAAGGUCUAGGACAGUUCAAAACAGCCAUCCAGUACCAUCAACGUGAUCUAGAAAUUGCUAAAGAAGUGGGAAACAAGGCCAGAGAGGGAAUCAGUUAUUGCAAUCUCGGUGUCGCUUAUCGUAGUCUAGGACAGUUCAAAACAGCCAUCCAGUACCAUCAACGUCAUCUAGAAAUUGCUAAAGAAGUGGGAGACAAGGCCGGAGAGGGAAUCAGUUAUGGCAAUCUCGGCAACGCUUAUCGCAGUCUAGGACAGUUCAAAAUAGCCAUCCAGUACCAUCAACGUCAUCUAGAAAUUGCUAAAGAAGUGGGAGACAAGGCCGGAGAGGGAAGAAGUUAUGGCAAUCUCGGCAACGAUUAUCAAGGUCUAGGACAGUUCAAAACAGCCAUCCAGUACCAUCAACGUCAUCUAGAAAUUGCUAAAGAAGUGGGAGACAAGGCUGGAGAGGGAGGAAGUUAUGGCAAUCUCGGCAACGCUUAUCAAGGUCUAGGACAGUUCAAAACAGCCAUCCAGUACCAUCAACGUCAUCUAGAAAUUGCUAAAGAAAUGGGAGACAAGGCCGAAGAGGGAAGAAGUUAUGGCAAUCUCGGCAACGCUUAUCAAGGUCUAGGACAGUUCAAAACAGCCAUCCAGUACCAUCAACGUCAUCUAGAAAUUGCUAAAGAAGUGGGAGACAAGGCUGGAGAGGGAAUCAGUUAUGGCAAUCUCGGCAACGCUUAUCAAGGUCUAGGACAGUUCAAAACAGCCAUCCAGUACCAUCAACGUGAUCUAGAAAUUGCUAAAGAAGUGGGAGACAAGGCCGGAGAGGGAAGAAGUUAUUGCAAUCUCGGCGUCGCUUAUCGUAGUCUAGGACAGUUCAAAACAGCCAUCCAGUACCAUCAACGUGAUCUAGAAAUUGCUAAAGAAGUGGGAGACAAGGCCGGAGAGGGAAUCAGUUAUGGCAAUCUCGGCAACGAUUAUCACUGUCUAGGACAGUUCAAAACAGCCAUCCAGUACCAUCAACGUGAUCUAGAAAUUGCUAAAGAAGUGGGAGACAAGGCCGGAGAGGGAAUCAGUUAUGGCAAUCUCGGCAACGCUUAUCAAGGUCUAGGACAGUUCAAAACAGCCAUGCAGUACCAUCAACGUCAUCUAGAAAUUGCUAAAGAAGUGGGAAACAAGGCCAGCGAGGGAAUCAGUUAUUGCAAUCUCGGUGUCGCUUAUCGUAGUCUAGGACAGUUCAAAACAGCCAUCCAGUACCAUCAACGUCAUCUAGAAAUUGCUAAAGAAGUGGGAGACAAGGCCGGAGAGGGAAUCAGUUAUGGCAAUCUCGGCAACGCUUAUCGCAGUCUAGGACAGUUCAAAAUAGCCAUCCAGUACCAUCAACGUCAUCUAGAAAUUGCUAAAGAAGUGGGAGACAAGGCCGGAGAGGGAAGAAGCUAUGGCAAUUUCGGCAACGAUUAUCAAGGUCUAGGACAGUUCAAAACAGCCAUCCAGUACCAUCAACGUCAUCUAGAAAUUGCUAAAGAAGUGGGAGACAAGGCCGGAGAAGGAAGAAGUUAUGGCGAUCUCGGAACCGCUUAUCAAGGUCUAGGACAGUUCAAAACAGCCAUCCAGUACCAUCAACGUGAUCUAGAAAUUGCUAAAGAAGUGGGAAACAAGGCCAGAGAGGGAAUCAGUUAUGGCAAUCUCGGUGUCGCUUAUUGUAGUCUAGGACAGUUCAAAACAGCCAUCCAGUACCAUCAACGUGAUCUAGAAAUUGCUAAAGAAGUGGGAGACAAGGCCGGAGAGGGAAGAAGUUAUGGCAAUCUCGGCGACGCUUAUCAUAGUCUAGGACAGUUCAAAACAGCCAUCCAGUACCAUCAACGUCAUCUAGAAAUUGCUAAAGAAGUGGGAGACAAAGCGGGAGAGGGAGGAAGUUAUGGCAAUCUCGGCAACGCUUAUAAUGCUCUAGGACAGUACCAAACAGCAAUCGAGUACCAUCAACGUAAUCUAGAAAUUGCUAAAGAAGUGGGAGACAAGGCCAGAGAGGGAAUCAGUUAUGGCAAUCUCGGCAACGCUUAUCAAGGUCUACGACAGUUCAAAAAAGCAAUCGAUUGCCAUCAACGUCUUCUAGAAAUUGCCAAAGAAGUGGGAGACAGGGCUGGAGAAGGAAAGAGUUAUGGCAGCCUUGGCAAUGCUUAUCUUGGUCUAGGACAGUUCAAAACAGCCAUCGAGUACCAUCAACGUCAUCUAGAAAUUGCUAAAGAAGUGGGAGACAAGACUGGAGAGGCGUGCUCACUCUGUUCUCUUGGAAGCAGUUUUGAGUGCCAAGGAAAUCUUAUGAUAGCCUUUGACUGUUAUUACUCGAGUGUAGAAUUGUAUGAUGAUAUCAGGGCCAGUCUUCAACUCAACGAUCAGUGGAAGAUUUCUUAUCGUAAUGAGCACCAAAGUGCAUAUAAAGGUUUGUGGCGUAUAAAUCUCAAACACGGUCAAGUUGUAAAGGCUCUUUUUUCCGCAGAGAAAGGACGUGCUCAAGCUCUGAGAGAUCUCAUGGACACAAAAUAUCCGCCUGGAGAUUCUUUAACGCACAGCGCAUCCCGCAUUUCUCUAAGGUGGGUUCCAUUGAGCACAGUUUUCAUAGCUAUUAAUGGACCAUGCGUUUACUUCUGGGUUUGCCUCAGUGAAAAUCAUAUCCAGAUGAGAGAAGUACACGUGAACAAUUAUAAAUAUGAGAAUGAAUUGAAAUUUUUCAUCCAGCUACUGAACAAAUCUGCGCUUAAGGAGAUCGGUGCAAGAGAUACUGUUGCAAUCGAAAAUCCUCUGCUUGAUUCGCCGACAGAAGAGGAAAUGGCCAAUGGUGUGAUCCGAGUUGAUGUGAGGCACUCCCAAUCAAGUGCUUUAAAGAAGCUGCAUGAAAUCAUCGUUUCUCCUAUUGCUGACCUGAUCAAAGGCAACGACGAGAUCACAUUCGUUCCUGAGGGGCCAUUUUGCCUAGUACCUUAUGCAGCAUUGCAGGAGUCGAACUCAUCAUAUUUAAGUGAUUCUUUCAGAAUUCGUGUGCUUCCCUCUCUGACGACGUUGCAACUAAUUCGUGAUAGUCCAGCUGACUUUCACACGAAGACUGGUGCAUUGCUUGUCGGCGACCCAUGUUUCAAACAUAUCAUCUAUGAGGGAGGACUUUUAGUGCAACUUCCAGGAGCAAGGGAAGAAGUGGAGAUGAUCGGACGUGUCCUUAAUGUUUCCCCCCUGAUUGGAGAAAUGGCAACUAAACAUGAAGUGUUAAAACGAAUAUCAUCAGUGGCCUUAGUUCACAUUGCAGCACACGGUAAACUGGAAACUGGAGAAGUUAUCCUGGCACCAAACACCACAAGAGAAAACCCUCAGCCGCAAGAGAAAGACUAUCUACUGACGAUGAAAGAUGUCAUAGAAGCUGGGUUACGAGCACGUCUGGUUGUACUUAGCUGCUGUCACACUGCUCGUGGGGAAGUCAUGGCAGAGGGUGUGGUCGGCAUGGCGCGUGCACUUUUGGCUGCCGGUGCUAGAUCUGUUGUGGUAACCUUGUGGGCGAUUGGCGACGAGGGAACCCUGGAGUUCAUGACUUUCUUCUACGAUGCACUUUCCAAAGGCAAGAAGGCAAGUGAAGCUCUCAAUCACGCCAUGAAGUGUAUGAGAGAAAUUGAAAAGUUCAAGGAGGUGAUUUACUGGGCACCAUUUGUACUCAUUGGUGAUGACGUCAACCUGGAUUUCAAGGAUAUUAGUGGCCGAAACAAUUAAGGCAGUGAGCAUUGGAAUCCCAGGGUGUUUUCGGAUACCUGCAAAAGCUGAUAUUUGGACCAGAAACCAGUAAGCUACUUAUGAAAUCUUUCUCAAGAGUCUUCUUUUCAAAGCAGGAAGAACCAAAAGACGGCCAAAGUCAAGUUUAACAAGAGAACGGACUUCCUUUGAUUCAAAAGUUGACUUUUUGCUUGUCUGAACUGCUCUUAAGAGCUUGAUCUUUGAUGUUUUGCUGAAACUACUGGUUUUUUUUUCAAAUGAUGUCUUGAAAUUAUCAUGAGUAGCCGUGUAAAAAUUUAAUUUUUAAUCUAAUCUACAAGGUGGAUUUGGACGUUGCAUUGACGUCGAAGGUGAAACGUCUUGAAAACGUUUUCCAGAGAUUUUUUUAGACUUUUUCUCAAUCGGUUUUUUUCUCAUAAGUAAUAUAAAGCUGUUAUAGCCAUAUGCAUGUGUGGAGAAUUUCCAUGGAAAUUGGAGAAUAAUCAAUUGUCCGAUUGCUCGAUUAUCUUAGUUUACGUCAGAUGGAAAUUGUGAUUAACUUUUCGAGGAUUUGUACCCAGUCACUGAUACUUAAAGUUAGUUUCUGCCGAACAGAAUUUGGUUUAUCUGGACUUAAAAUGACAGAUUUUGGUCGUAAUGGCCAGGAUUUAGUCUUGGUAUUAGUUAAUUUUCGGAGAUUUCUCCUUUAAUUUUGAAUGCGAUAAAUAGUGUUCUUUUUUACAAGAAGAAUGAUGCAUUUAAGUAUAUUGUUUAAUCUAAUCGCCCAAAGGCAAAACGAGAAGUUUUAUUUUAUAAUUUUAGUUACUGGCCUACAAAGCAUUGAAGGAAGCUCAGAACGAGCUGGAAAGUUGGAGGCAAACGAUUUUAUUUAGUUUCUCCGAUUAGAUUGUGAACUUAUUAUCUAAGUAUAAUAAACUAACAUUUGAAUGUCAAACAAUGAAACAAGUCGCUUGGUAUUUUGUUAGAAUG